AUUCGCUCUUCUCUUACAGACAAAUAGAGAUAACAAUUACCAGGAAGUGGUGACGAGUCCGCCCAACCAUCCCAACCAAUCAUCAAUAAAUACAUUUAAACUUUUAAUAUAUAUUUUAAACUUUGAAUUCUUUACAAAUCACUGAUAAAGACAUUACCUUAAACUUCAAACUAAGCCAACAAAAUACACAUUCAUUUCAAUAAUAAGUGUAAAGAAGUAGAGAAAUGAAAUUUUCAAUAUUAUUGGUGUUUGUAUUAAGCAUUCAAAUUACUCUUAUUGUCGUCUCUGACGCUAAGAGACUUCAAAAGAGAUGGACCGAAGAUGAUCAAUGGCCACAGAUGGCCCACAGUUGUGAUCGUAGAUAAAGGAGAACAAGAACACGAAGAAGUUCCCAAUCCUUUCAAAAGUGAAUUUCCAUUUCAAAUUGGUUUCCAAAGACCCAACUACUGGUCAUUCGGUGAUAUGUUCGCCGCACCCAAGCCCUGGUGGAAGGGAAGAGACGGCAACAGUGCCUGCACUCAAGGUUUCUAUGAAAAGUUAGUCAAAGACAAUAUCACUGUCUUUGGUCUGACCGAUGAGUCCCUCAUUGAAUAUGAAGACAAUAACAACAAAAUUGAGAAUGAAGUGGACCUACAGGCGCAGGAAGUGAUUCAAUUUCCAUCGGCGGUCCGUAAACGACGAGAACUGGACAAUAAUUUAAUGAAAGACGUGAUUGGCAUGCAUUUGAUCCAUGGGUUUGUAACCUCUGGCGAUUUCGAAGACGAAACAAUGGUCUCUACAUUGAGUCCAUUAAAGAUAAGAAUUAAUGUCUACAAUAACCCGAAGCGUGUGGUCACAGCCAACUGUGCGCCCAUCAUAUCAACCAAUAAUUAUGCCGUCAAUGGAGUCGUUCACCUCAUGGACAGAGUUAUGCAGAAUCCGAACCAAACGGUUGCGGAAAUGAUUGAAAGUGAUAACCGCUUUACGAUUCUUAGACGCCUCUUAGCCAACACUGACUUAAUGAACAAAUUGCGAGAUAAUAGCCAACACAUGACUGUGUUUGCACCGACUGAUAGUGCUUUUUCACGACUCGACAAACUAUAUUUAGAGCGCCUAUACAAAGGACAGUCAUGUGUGGAACCGCUGCUUAACAAUCAUAUAAUAGGGAACACAAUCUGCUCGUCUGCAGUACAAGAAUACGCUUCCGUUAUGAAUGCAAUCAAUGUUAUGCUUCCCAUCAAAAGGAUUGAUGAAAAGCUAGAAAUCAAUGGCAUUCGUAUCGUUGAAAGCGAUAAAUUGGGAACAAAUGGUGUGAUUCAUGUGAUCGAUGGAGUGAUGUUCUCUGAGAAGUCACAACCCAUUUCGAAAUUCAUAGAAAAACAUCAAAUGACAGAAUUUCUAGAUUUGGUUAAAGACUCCGGACUUUUAGAUGAAUGGGAUCUCCUCACGAAUGUCUCAUUCUUCAUCCCUUCCGGACCUAUAAGCAAUACAUACGAGUGGAAUAACAAUCAAAUGUUAAAUACAAUGAUAGACAACAAAAUCAGAAUUAAUACCUUUGAAGACUUGUCUGGGUUUGGGGUUAUAAGACCGGUCACCACAACAGCCCAAUGCGCUAAAGUCAUUGUUCCCAAUGAACAGAUCUGCGGCGCAAACAUCCAUAUCGUCGACCGAUUCAUUCAGCCAUCGAAAGGAAAUUUAAUUCAAACUCUCGAUUCGGCUCCAAAUCUGUCAGUUUUCCGACAAAUCAUUAAAAACAGUGGCAUUGAAUCAACUCUAACGGAGGGCACCUAUACUCUGUUGGCAGUGAAUGACCAAACAUUACACAAUGAAUUCUCGGACAACGAUAUAAAAUCAUUGGUCAGCAAUCAGACGGAAUCGAAAAUAUUUAUUCAAAACCAUUUAUUGCCAGAAAUAAUCUGUUGCUCAGGAGUCAACACUUCGCCUCUUUUCUUGAGUUCACAACAAUUCCAGAAUAUGGAGGGACUUCUGGUUCCGGCCCACAAAUCAUUCAAUGGAAGGGUUAGGUUCGGUAACUCUGGUGUCAGUAAAUGUGAUAUAAUGGCAGACAAUGCAGUCAUUCAUAUAGUGAACAGACCGUUGGUGACUAAACCUUCAAUAGUGCCGGACUUGUCGUUUCCCUUUCAAUUCAUUUUCUAAAUCUAUUAUCAAUUCUUUCUUUUUGUGAUUUUAUUAUUUAUACAAAAAAUUCUCAUAAGUUAUUACAAAAAUGGAUAAUUAAUGACAAAAUGAUUAUUAAAUUAAAGUCAGUUUUAUUUAUACGUAACGUGCCUUUCAAGGCACUGAUGUAGCACUUAACUCAUCGAUGUUAAUAUGAGUGAUAAAUCUGAGCCUCUUUUGUAAGUUUGGUCUCAAAUUCUUGAUACUUCUCUCGACUUCGUGUUUGACUGUAUCGCCGGUA